CCCCGCCCCUCUCGUGUAGCCGGCUGUUUCGUUCUGUUCAGCGAGCGCCCCUUACGUGAAGCGCUGACUGACGUUCUAUUCCAGGCUAAACUGGCAGGUUGUGUGUUGUGUAACCCAGUGCCUUGCUCGUCCUCACCGUGGCGGGGUCUCGCUUUUUGGAGGCGUAUUGAAGCAGAUGCAGUAAAUCCCCUGCCUCUCCAUCAGAAUGUUCGGGGCGGUGGUGGUCGGGCUCGGCUCGGCAGGCCUGGUGAGAAUUAGAGACCUGGUGGCUCCGCAGGCGGCCAGUCCUGCAGAGAAGCUCGCUGCCAAAGGAUUCACGUCCAGGAGAAGUCUGGGUGCUCAGCAGGGGGUGCCUCAGAUCUCUGUGGAGGAAGCUGUUGGCAGAGAGGACAUCCAUGUGGCGUUCAUCUGCACUGAGAAUGUGUCACACGAGGACAGUGUCAGAACCUUUCUGCAGGCAGGAAAGCAUGUUUGUGUGGAGUAUCCGAUGACCAUGAGCUACCAAGCGGCUGUGGAGCUCUGGGACCUGGCUCAGAGAAAAGGGCUGACUCUCCACGAGGAGCACAUUGAACUACUCACAGAGGACUACAAGCAACUCAAGAGGGAGACCGAGGGAAAGGCUCUGGAGCUUGGCAGCUAAACGCUCUGCCUCCAAUUCUUCAGGUAGAACCUGUAGAACCACCAGUAGACCAGUUCUGAGAGAGAAGAUAAGGAGCUGUGAGGUCUGUAAGACAAGAUGGAGCUGAGAGAAGUGAGGAGAUGCAGAGAAGUGAAUGAAGGAGAAAUGUGAUCUCUGUUCCUGAGUCCAGUCAGACUGUGGCUGCAGCAUUCUAAAGAGUCAUUGGAUGAACUGUUUGUAGGGAGUUACAGUCGUCCAGCCUGGAUGGAGCUAAUGAUGGGGUCAUGGUUCAGCAUCACUCUGACAAAUGAGGCUCCUAAUUCUAGCAAUGUUCCCAUGAUACGUAGGUAGAUAGGUGCUUCUAGAGAUUUAAUAUAUGAUGUCAAAGAUGACACCACUAAAGCCACAUGAUGUCAUCUAGUAACAAUCUUAUCUGUCUGAGGUUUCUAUUCUACUUCACUCAAAUGACACAUUCAUGAUGUGAUGUGGUUCACACAAGACAUGAAAGGUGUUUGUGACUGACCAUUUAAAUUGUUCAGGUUAAAGACAAUACCAUUACUGACUGUUGGAGAAACGCCUUUUAUCAUGUCUCCAUAAAACAAACUAAAACCUAGGGGUACAGGAUAUGUAAGAGGAAAUAUUCUCCCUCCUGAAACCACAGGAAACCACAAGCCCACGACACGACCCUGUGACAAAAUACUUGUGUCAAGCGCUUCUUACAGGUUUUAUUUAGAUAGAUAGAUCUCAGCGUUCCAGGUGAUUAUUGAUGCAAAAGAAGCUGCACAAAUGUCAACCACACGGAAAAUUCAAGAGAAUGUUACUAACACAGUUUCACUUUUAUUACCUGUUUCAUUUAUUUUCCAUUAUGUUCCAUCCAUCUUCUGCUGCUGUUAAUAUUAAACUGUGAUGUUAACACCA